AGAUGGCUCAGCAGACCCACCCCUUUUUGCCUUUCCAGGCUGGGAGGCUGGGCCAGUGGACCUUUUAACCAGCCCGGGCAGGCUGUUCCGGACGCCAGCCCUGGACACUGAGCCUGACCCAGCAGGUCCCGGCAGCCCGGCCAGCCCGGCCAGCCCGGCCAGCAUGCAGCAACAGCCUCUGCCCGGGCCCGGGGCCCCCACAACUGAGCCAACCAAGCCUCCCUACAGCUACAUCGCCCUUAUUGCUAUGGCCAUCCAGAGCUCGCCGGGGCAGCGGGCCACCCUCAGUGGCAUCUACCGCUACAUCAUGGGCCGCUUCGCCUUCUACCGCCACAACCGGCCUGGCUGGCAGAACAGCAUCCGCCACAACCUGUCACUCAAUGAGUGCUUUGUCAAGGUGCCCCGCGAUGACCGCAAGCCAGGCAAGGGCAGCUACUGGACGCUGGACCCUGACUGCCACGACAUGUUUGAGCACGGCAGCUUCCUACGCCGCCGCCGCCGCUUCACCCGGCGGACAGGUGCUGAGGGCACCCGGGGCCCCGCCAAGGCACGCCGUGGACCCCUCAGGGCGAGCAGCCAGGACCCAGGAGUCCCCAGCGCCACGACCGGCAGGCAGUGCUCAUUCCCACCAGAGCUGCCAGACCCCAAGGGCCUAAGCUUUGGGGGUCUGGUGGGGGCCAUACCAGCCAGUAUGUGCCCAGCAACCACUGAUGGCAGGCCUCGGCCACCCACGGAGCCCAAAGAGAUUUCCACGCCCAAGCCUGCAUGCCCAGGGGAGCUCCCCGUGGCCACCUCAUCUUCCUCAUGCCCAGCAUUUGGCUUUCCUGCCAGCUUCUCGGAGGCUGAGAGUUUUAAUAAGGCACCUACACCCGUCUUGUCCCCAGAAGCAGGCAUCGGGAGCAGCUACCAGUGUCGGCUGCAGGCACUGAAUUUUUGCAUGGGGGCUGACCCAGGCCUUGAGCACCUCUUGGCCUCAGCAGCCCCCUCCCCUGCACCACCCACUCCUCCAGCCUCACUCCGGGCCCCGCUGCCCCUGCCAGCUGACCACAAGGAACCCUGGGUUGCAGGUGGCUUCCCUGUCCAGGGAGGCUCCGGCUACCCAUUGGGGCUGACCCCCUGCCUAUACCGGACGCCAGGAAUGUUCUUCUUUGAGUAAAGGCAGCCUCGUCUCGGGCAGUCCCUGCAGGUCCCUCAUGCUCCGGGCCUGGAGAACUCUCGAAGGACCCAGCCCUGGUGAGCCAAGGACAACCACACAGAAAGCCAGGAUUGAAGCAGUGCUCAGCCAGGCCCCUGGGGCCUCCGGACAAACUUGGGGGUGAGGGGAAGCGGGGCCUCUUGGGAUUUACUCUGUGGCUCUCAGGGCCAAUAAAGCAAUGUGAUGAUGAGGG